AAUUAAUGAAUUAUUUUUGGAAAUGACAUCGACUAGAUCAUUGAACUUACAAUGAAGAUCAUACAGUUUAAAUGAUGGAUUUAUGAAUAAUAAAGAGUAUAGUAAAUCUAAUUGAUGGUGGUUCAAUUUAAUUGGAACUAUUUAUUCUUCACUUGACUUUCAUGAAUCUGGAGUACAUUCAACGAUAACAGCAAAAAAAUCUGUUCAUAUCACAAUGACACUGUUAACGAUGAUAAUAAUAAUAAAAAUUCACCGGAUGAUGUAACACACUGAAAUGCAAACGCUAAAACAAACAAAGAUAAAAAAAAUACGAAAUGACAUUACCUAUUUCAAUAAUGUCUAUAAAUCAUCAUGAUACUACCAUUAUCAUCAGCGAUAACAUGAAUAAUAAUUAUAAUAUUAAUAAUGAUUAUAAUGUUAAUCAUAAAAUCAUGAAAUCCCUAAGUAAAUAUUACAUAAAUGAACAUAAGCAAAAAUUCCAUCAUAAUUUACAGACAAACUUCAAGGAAUUCACUUGUUUAUCACAAAUUAUUAAACAAACUGAUCAAUCGGCCCAUAAUUCUGAUUAUAAAAAAGAAGUAUUUACAUCGAAUAAUGACAAUAUGAAGUUUUUCCAGCAUGAAAAUGAACAAGUAAUACAAUCUCAACAAUAUAAUUCUAUACCAAGAAUGAAUAAAAAACCUAGGGAUUUAAGAAGUCAUCACAAGUGUUUAAAACAACUAAUAAACUCAAAUAGUCCUCAGCCAUUCGAUAGUAGCCAAAUCACAUCUCCUGAAGAUACUCAAUAUAGUACAUCAGUGCCGACACACUCGUCAAACAUGUCCGAUUUUCCAGACAGUAAACUAUUUCACAAUCAUACAAUUGAUCACACAGAUCUACCGGUUACAACAGAUGGAUCUUUUGAAGCAUUUAAAAUAUUGAACGAUCCUCUAGACUAUAAUUACACUCAAACUGAAGAUCAAAUGCAAUAUCGUUCAUUACAUGAUACAAUACAAGAUGGGAAAUUUCCAUAUACAAAAAUGAAUUCACGAACAAUCACUGAAAAUACAUCCAAUAAUAGUAUUCAACCUACAAAUAUUGAAAAAAGUUACAACCAAGUCAAAAGUACAAUGAGUAAAAAACAAACAUUAACAAAUUUUGAUGAAUAUCCACCAGCUCCCGGUAGUUCAUUCAGUCAACGAGAAAAAAUAAGCGGUGCUAAACUUUCUUUUCAUCAUAUUUCCUAUGAAUUAAAAAUUCAAAAGACACUCUGUAGUAAACCAGUGAUAAAAACGAUACUUGAUGAUGUAAGUGGAAUUCUUCUACCCGGAAUGAAUGCUCUUAUGGGACCAACUGGAAGUGGAAAAUCUUCGCUUCUAGAUGUGUUAGCUGGUCGUAAAGAUCCGAGAUUCCUUUCUGGAAAAGUUUUAAUUGACGGUAGACCUCAGCCGAAAAACUUUAAGUGUAUUUCCGGUUAUGUUGUUCAGGAUGAUAUUGUAAUGGGAACCUUAACAGUAAGAGAGAAUUUAAAUUUUUCAGCAGCCCUACGAAUGACUAUGCAUUGUACAACAGAAGAAAGAAAUCAAAAAGUCAACGAUAUCAUUGAUGAGUUGGGUUUAAAUGCUGUAGCGGAUAGUAAGGUUGGGACUGAAUUAGUUCGUGGAGUAUCAGGUGGUGAACGUAAAAGAACUAGUAUUGGAAUGGAACUUAUUACAGAGCCACCAGUACUCUUUUUAGAUGAACCAACUACUGGUUUAGAUGCAUAUAUGGCAGGCCAAGUAGUAAAAACACUUAAAGCUUUAGCCAAGCGUGGUCGUACCAUCAUAUUUUCUAUACAUCAACCUAAGUAUUCAAUUUACAAAUUAUUUGACACGUUAACUUUACUCUAUCGAGGUCAAAUAGUUUAUCAUGGAUUGGCAAAAAAAGAACCAAUACGUUAUUUUGGUCGUUUGGGUUAUGUUUGUGAAAAUCAUAAUAAUCCGCCAGAUUUUUUCAUGGAUGUUAUACAUGGUGAAUGUUUGCGUCAACACAGAAAUACGUCAGAUAUCCAAAUUAUGGAUCAUCAUGAUACUCAAGAAAGAAUGCAUUUAGUUGGACAACAACUUAUUCAAGACUGGCAAACUUCUGAAAUGGCUCAACAUGUCCUGGAAGAAGUUAGCUCUAUCGCUAAUCGAUUGGAAAAAUAUGAAAAUGGUUCAAAAAAGAGCAAAGAUAAUGCUGUAGAUAUAUCAUUUGCUGCAUCAUAUAUUCGACAAAUCAAUAAAGUGUGUUGGAGAUCAAUAUUGAAUCUAUUACGAGAUCCUCUAGCAUCAGUGAUACAAACUAUUGUUUAUUUAUUUUUUGCAUUAUCCAUGGGUAUAGUUUAUUUUCAAAUGAAUGAUUCUUUGGAAUCUGGUAUACAAAAUCGUACUGGAUUAUUUUAUUUUUGUACAUUACAAGUGAUAUUUGUAAAUUUGGCUACAAUUGAAUUAUUUAUUAAAGAACGUGUACUUUUUAUACAUGAAAGUUCAAGUGGUUAUUAUCAAGUCUCAGCAUACUUUUUCUCCAAAAUUCUCUGUGAUAUAAUACCAACUAAAGUACUACCUAUAUUAUUCUUUAUGCCAAUAUGUUAUUGGAUGGCUGGUUUACAGAAAACGUUUGGAGCUUUUAUGUUUUUCGAAUUACUUCUAUGCCUUACAACGUUAGCCGCUGCUGCAAUUGCCUUGUUUAUAUCAGCAAGUGUUACAGUCUUUGGACUGGCUAAUGCUAUAAUAUCGAUUAUUUAUGUGUUUAUGAUGGCUUUUUCUGGUUUCUUAAUCAAUUUAAAAUCUAUGGCUGUUUGGCUUAGUUGGCUUCGUUACUUCUCUAUAUUUCGUUACAGUAUGGGUGGUUUACUGGUUAUGGAAAUGACAACACUUCGAUUUUGUCCUAUGGAUAAAUCGAAUACAACAAUUAAUAGGCAAUGUCAAAACGGCACGACAUAUUUGGAGGAUCAAGAAAUCCCUUAUAUGACUGGAUGGGAUUUAUGGUUUAAUGUUGUUGGGUUGCUACUAAUUAUGAUUGCAUUUUACAUUCUUUGUUAUGUUCGACUUCGACUACUCAAUAAAUACAAGUAGUCUAACAAGCAAAUAUGGAUAAUUUGUUGAUGUUCGGUAACUGUGACAGCUUAGCUCGUUACAGUAUUUUAGCAAAGAUAGAUGACUAGGACAAAGGAGUAUGUAAACCUCAAAAUUAAUCUACACAAUUUUAACCUUUUCUGAUGGUGCCUCGCGUUGGAUAAUCUAUUUACAAGCUACGUUAUAAAAGAAGUAAGAAAAGCAAACCGGUUUUAGGUAUAAACUCCAAUCUAUCAACACACCAGACUCUAUAUUUUGUACAUAAAUAACAUUGGUGACCUACUCAAGUUGUAUUUAAUUGAAAAAGUCCAUUUUUAUGAUACACAUCUUCUGUUUUAUUUACCAUAAAGACGUAUACUUUGAAAAAUAAACAAAGUUGUACCGAA